AGGCGGCAAGCUAGUUUAGCGGCGGCCAUUUUGUGUCGGGAGGUCGGAGGAGAAAGACGGGGUUGUCUUUCGCGCCGAGCGGUUGUUGCUUCCAUUCGGCCUGCCUGGAGCCUGCGGGAGUCGAGCUCCAGCGGGAGAAAGAAGGAAAAUAGCAGGACAAUAACAACCGCGCUCGGGUCCUCUCAGCGCUGGGACUCCGGUCGUCGCUUUGCUCGCCCACGUAGCCUGGCGCCAGAGGACUCCUUCGGCCUGUGAGGAUGCGAGGCUUUGGAGACCGAGGUCGAGACCGCGACCGCGGCGGAUUUGGCGGUCCACUUCCUCCUAAAAAAUUUGGAAACCCGGGUGAACGUCUCCGUAAGAAGAAAUGGGACUUGAAUGAAUUGCCUAAGUUUGAAAAAAAUUUCUAUGCUGAACACCCAGAAGUGGCCAGACUCACUCCAUAUGAGGUUGAUGAGCUAAGAAGAAAGAAAGAGAUUACAAUUAGAGGAUCAGAUGUUUGCCCGAAGCCUGUGUUUGCCUUCCACCAGUGUAACUUUCCACAGUAUGUAAUGGAUGUCUUGAUUGACCAGCAUUUUACAGAACCAACUCCAAUUCAGUGCCAGGGCUUUCCAUUGGCCCUUAGUGGUCAUGAUAUGGUGGGCAUUGCACAGACUGGCUCUGGAAAAACAUUGGCAUACUUGCUGCCUGCAAUUGUUCAUAUCAACCACCAGCCAUACUUGGAAAGAGGGGAUGGUCCAAUUUGCUUGGUUUUAGCUCCUACCCGAGAGCUGGCCCAGCAAGUCCAACAGGUAGCCGAUGAUUAUGGUAAAUGUUCAAGGCUGAAGAGUACCUGUAUAUAUGGAGGAGCACCCAAAGGUCCUCAAAUCAGAGACUUGGAGAGAGGUGUUGAAAUUUGCAUUGCUACACCCGGGCGCCUAAUUGAUUUCUUGGAAGCAGGGAAAACUAAUCUCCGCCGAUGUACAUACCUUGUGCUAGAUGAAGCUGACAGAAUGCUGGAUAUGGGUUUUGAACCUCAGAUUCGUAAAAUUGUUGAUCAGAUACGGCCUGACAGGCAAACUCUAAUGUGGAGUGCCACUUGGCCAAAGGAGGUGCGCCAGCUUGCUGAGGAUUUCUUGCAUGACUAUGUCCAGAUCAAUGUGGGCAACCUGGAGCUGAGUGCCAAUCAUAAUAUCCUGCAAAUAGUGGACGUGUGUAUGGAGAGCGAAAAAGAUCAUAAACUAAUCCAACUGAUGGAAGAAAUCAUGGCUGAAAAAGAGAAUAAGACAAUUAUAUUUGUGGAGACAAAAAGACGAUGUGAUGACCUAACUCGAAGGAUGCGUAGAGAUGGAUGGCCAGCUAUGUGUAUUCAUGGAGACAAGAGUCAACCAGAAAGAGAUUGGGUGCUUAAUGAGUUCCGUUCUGGAAAGGCUCCUAUCCUCAUUGCUACGGAUGUUGCAUCUCGUGGGCUAGAUGUGGAAGACGUAAAGUUUGUGAUAAACUACGACUAUCCAAACAGCUCCGAGGAUUAUGUGCACAGAAUCGGCCGUACUGCCCGUAGCACCAACAAAGGCACUGCCUAUACAUUCUUCACACCUGGGAAUUUGAAGCAGGCUAGAGAGCUAAUAAAAGUCCUAGAGGAAGCCAAUCAGGCUAUCAAUCCCAAACUGAUGCAGCUUGUGGACCAUAGAGGUGGUGGUGGUGGUGGAGGCGGUCGCUCUCGUUAUCGUACGACCAACACCUCCAACAAUCCUAAUCUGAUGUACCAGGAGGAGUGUGAACGGCGGCUCCGGGGUGUUAAAGAUGGCCGGAGAGACUCGGGCAGCUUCCGAGACCGUGAACGCGGCGAGAGCUUUGCAAAUGGAGCAAACAAGGCCUACGGUGGUGCAUAUGGGAGUGCAAAUUCUGCGUUUGGGUCGCAGCAGGGCCAGUAUGGCUAUGGCCAGGGAGCCUAUGGAGCUGCUGCUUAUGGUGCAAGUGGCUAUGGGGCAGAAUAUGGUGCCGCUGGCUAUGGCGGAGCAAAUGCUGCCAAUGCCGGGAGAAACUCGCAGAGUACAGGCCAACAGCAGUAUGCAGGAAUGGGCCGUUCUGGCCAGCAGCCUCAGCCUCUCAUGUCGCAGCAGUUUCCUCAGCCUCCAGGCACUAACGUGAUGGGCUAUAUGGGACAGACUGCCAACUACCAGUAUCCACCCCCUCCACCACCCCCUCCCCCUGCACGCAAGUGAGACCAUUUGGUUUAUCGGUGACCAGUCAAGACUUGCAAAUAAGAACCUUCUCUUCUCCCCUUUCCCUCACCACCCCUGCCAUCCCCAUUGUGGUGUUUUCCCCUAAUGCAGGUUAGAUGUAGAGUUCACUAUCGGAUACUGUCCAUAAACAUUGGCCCUGGUGUAUAUUUCCAUUUUUUAAAAAAAUUAGAAUUGAGUGGAAAACGAACUUCUCUUUACAUGUUUUGGCCUUGCAUGUUAAGAAACCUGAAAUGAUUUUUUCUCAACCCCCCCCCCCCAAAAAAAACCUUACAGGGCAGAUAUGUCCCAGCCCAGUUGUCAUUGUGUCUGAGGCUUGUGUAUGAAAACUUGCUGCAGAGAGGAACAACUUAUCCAUCACAUAGACCACAAGAAAGAUGUUGUGUAAUAUUUCUUAACAGAAUAUUUGAGAUGGUGUCAUUUUUGCUUAUUAAAAUUGAGACUUUCCACAA